UCUUGCAUCAAUUUGAUGCUGCGUGAUGCUGCUGCUGCUGCUGCUGCUGCGGUGACUGUGUGAAUUCGCAUCCCCACCACCCUCUCCGGACCGAGGCAAUCACACUCUCCUCAGCUCAAGUCCGACACAACUAACCUCAGCUGAAGAGGAGACAGCAAGCUGGCAAGUGCUUUACACCACCCGACCUAAGCCAUAUAUACAUGUAUGUGUGCGUGGAGGAGCCUGUGCAUGUGUGUGGAGGACUGACACUCUGGGGAAGCAUCUAUUGCACUGUGGUUUUGGGGCUUCCCAAAAAACUGUCACAUCCCUAAAUCUGUCUGGGGGAUUGCUGUGAGCUUACAAGCUUCCUGGUGAUUUUUUGGAGGGCAGCCCUGAUGCAUCUUGUGAGGCUGAACACGGUCUUUGCCAGGUUUGCAUCACCAGACAGGAGACAGGGCAGACGGCGACUCUGCGUGUGACAUGUUAGAGACUCAACUCCUGCCAAAAAUCUCUGACCUGCCCCGUCGGAGCCCUUUUCUAUGAACAUCCCUGCUUUGCCACUAACGAUUCGAGGAGGGGAGACAGUGGCAAGCAGUAGCAGACAUCACGGUUAAACAUACAGGUUCUCUGCUCACCAACUCUCCAACCAUCACGAUAAGAGACACCGGACAGCAGGGUCAGGAUGCAGGUGUCCUUCGCCUGCACUGAGCACAACCUCAAGAGUCGCAGUGAGGACCGGCUCUGUGGCCUCCGCACCGCUCCACCUCCUGGAGGAAGCAGUGGGGGAGUGGGAGGUGGUGGUGGCAGUGGUGGUGGUGGAGGAGGUGGCGGCGGUGGUGGAGGUGGCGGUGGCGGUGGGGGAGGAGGUGGCGACAGAGGGGGAGGAGGAGGUAGUGGACAAGGGAGUAACGGCAACUACACCUCCCAAGGCUCAGUCAAGGCCAGGGAGGGUCCUGGGUCCCGUCAGACUCCACAGGGCCAUGCCCACAUGAAGGAGGCCAUCGGGCGCCACACCAGUAUGAAGUACAGAAACCUGGGGAAGUCAGGCCUACGAGUUUCCUGCCUCGGGUUAGGCACCUGGGUGACAUUUGGAUCACAGAUCUCUGAUGAGAUGGCUGAGAACCUGAUGACCAUAGCUUAUGAGAACGGAGUGAACCUUUUUGACACGGCGGAGGUGUACGCCUCUGGAAGAGCGGAAAUUACUCUAGGGAACAUUAUCAAGAAGAAAGGAUGGAGGCGUUCAAGUUUUGUCAUCACAACAAAAAUCUAUUGGGGAGGCCAAGCAGAGACAGAGAGAGGACUCUCCAGAAAGCACAUCAUUGAAGGUUUAAGAGGAUCCUUAUCAAGACUCCAGUUAGAUUAUGUGGACAUCGUCUUUGCCAACAGAAAUGAUGUCAACAGUCCAAUGGAAGAGAUUGUACGAGCUAUGACCUUUGUAAUUAACCAGGGAAUGGCCAUGUACUGGGGAACGUCACGCUGGAGUGCCAUGGAAAUCAUGGAGGCGUACUCAGUUGCACGCCAGUUCAACCUGAUCCCACCUGUGUGUGAGCAGGCAGAGUAUCACUAUUUCCAGAGGGAUAAAGUCGAGGUGCAACUUCCUGAGCUCUACCAUAAGAUUGGCGUCGGAGCAAUGACGUGGUCUCCACUUGCAUGUGGAUUAAUCACGGGGAAAUACAGUGACGGAGUACCCGAGUGCUCCAGAGCGGCAAUGAAGGGUUACCAGUGGCUGAAGGAGCGAGUGAACAGUGAGGAGGGCCGCAGACAGCUUGCCAAAAUCAAGGAACUCCAUCUACUGGCAGACAGACUGGGCUGCACUGCUGCACAGUUAGCCAUAGCCUGGUGUCUGCGCAGUGAGGGAGUCAGCUCGGUACUUCUGGGAGUUUCUAACACAGACCAGCUACUUGAGAACCUGGGUGCCCUUCGGAUUUUAUCCCAAAUGACCCCGCAAACCGUCACUGAGAUUGACGCCCUGCUGGGAAAUAAGCCACACUCAAAGAAAGAGUCCCGCGCUUGAAGAUGCAAAUCUGAGUGACCGACGAUGUUUUGAGAGGAGGAUGAAGGAGACGGUGACAUCGGGAAACAUCACUAUUUGCUCCGCUGUAUACUAAACAACUUGCAUGUUCUCAGCGACAUUAUGCUUCCAGUGUGUGCGCAGAUCCACUUUGCGCAGGAACAUUGUAUCAUGUAUGAGAAAACAAAAAAGGAAAAAUUCUUCAAUCAUGAAAAAAAAAACCACCAAAACGGUCAUAUAUUGCUCACUGCCGUUUGUCCACAGAAUAAUGAUUUCUACAGAGGGGGAGGCUCAAACUGCAUGAAGCGACGGACGCAGAUGAAAAGUUCUGA